UUAUUUAUUUUUUAUUUUGUAGAAAGACGUUUCGAAACAGGAAGGGUAAAGCCCUAGCAAGUUGAUACCGAAUUACCGAUCAUAAAUUUAGACGCUUCUACAACUAAGAAACAAAACACCCUUUGACACUGCUCUGAUCAUCUACGCGUAUUUCAAAUUUUGCCCGCUAAAAAAAUCCAUGGAGUCUGAAGGGCACAGAAAUUCCAAUAACCCAUCUGUAGUUUUGGCUUCUCUUUUGAGUAAAAGGGCUAAACUCCAUGAAGAACUCAGGGGCAUUGAGAAACAGGUUUUCGACAUGGAAACAACUUAUUUACAGGACCCUAGUCAAUGUGGAAAUGUGUUAAAAGGUUAUGAGGGCUUCUUAUCUACUUCAAAGAGCACUACCAUGUUGAAGCGGUCGCGGAAGUUUCAGCCUGAAGACAGGCUGUUCUCCUUAUCUUCAAUCACCUCACCUGCGGCGGAAGAUCAGGCCCUUGGAAGAGAAGAUGGAAGAUUGGAUUCUGGUCCAGGUCGAUACAGGGGCGUAGGUGUUCUUGGACAUGGGCAGGGAAAACCGAAGAAGGGAAGAGGCGCUAGAGAAGGGAAGCGAAUCAAACAUAAUGAUCAGGAUUUUGAUUAUGACGAUGACAAUGAAAUGUAGUGUUUUACGACUAAGCAGAGUAUCCUACUUGCUGAUGUCCCAAGGCUCUGCACAAGAACUAGCGCGUUUUUUACCAAAGUUCUAUGUUCAAAAGAUGGGUGUACUGCAUUAAACAACGAUCUCAAUUUACUGAUUCCAUCAGAAUACAAACAGCCAAAAUAUACAGCAGUUUUCAUUUUCAUUUGUUUUUGCCCUUCAUUAGUUGUGAUACAGUCUCCGAUGUACUCCGCUGUCCCCCUUUGAGUUUGCUACUGAAAGUAACAUAUUGUGAAGAGAAUUGUUUUCUGGUAUAGAAAGCUUGAGAUUUUAGUUUCUAGGCUUAAAUUCUCCCUUGUUCUGGCCAAUGAUGUAGACAUCAAGUUUUGUUCCUUGUUUUCAAAUAGAAGACACAAUUUUCUUACAUAGGGUGAAACUUAAGCCCAUACAGAUAGCCUUCACUAGAAGUCUAAUAGUGACAUAUUCUAAGAAGUUCUCAAGAUCUACACGAGCAAAAACAAAUUGCAUCGGAAAAAACAUGUGUUGAAUUGAGGUCAAUCUACGACCCCCACGAAUAUUCACCACAUGCGUGAUUUCGGGGUGCUAUAAUAGUUACUAUAAUUAAAUUGAUUUUGUCUAAAUUCUUUAAUUCACGUAAUUCUUUCAUUCUAUUGAUUUUGUCUAAAUUCUUCCACCACAACUAACAAAAUAGAGGAUUAUAUUAUCUAUAGUUGGGAUAUUAAUAAUGUAAGCACCACAUUUAGUCUCAAUUG